GAUACUCUCUCUCUCACUUACUCUGCGCCUUCUCCAACCCAGCCAUGGGCCGUGGGCCCCCACCACCACCACCCCCCUCCGCCACCUCCACUCUUCUCGGGAAGUACCGAAUGGGCCGGAUGCUGGGCCGGGGCAGCUUCGCCAAGGUCUACAAGGCACAAUCCUUAGCCGACGAGGCACCCGUCGCCAUUAAAAUCAUCGACAAGCUCAAAACACACGCCGCCAUGGAGCCGCUGAUACUCCGGGAGAUCUCCGCCAUGCGCCGCCUCCAGGACCACCCCAACGUCCUCAAAAUCCACGAGGUCAUGGCCACCAAGUCCAAGAUCUACAUCGUCAUGGAGCUCGCCACCGGCGGCGAGCUCUUCGCCAAGAUCGCCCGCCACGGCAAGCUGCCGGAGUCCCUCGCCCGCCGCUACUUCCAGCAGCUCGUCUCCGCCCUCCGCUUCUGCCACGAGAGCGGCGUCGCCCACCGCGACGUCAAGCCGCAGAACCUCCUCCUCGACGGCAACGGCGACCUCAAGGUCUCCGACUUCGGCCUCUCCGCCCUGCCGGAGCAGCUCAAGAACGGCCUCCUCCACACUGCCUGCGGCACGCCGGCGUACACCGCGCCGGAGGUGCUCUACCGGGUCGGGUACGACGGGUCCAAGGCCGACGCGUGGUCCUGCGGCGUCAUCCUCUUCGUCCUCCUCGCCGGACACUUGCCGUUCGACGACAGCAACCUCGUGGCGAUGCACAAGAAAAUCCAGCGGCGCGAUUACGUCAUCCCGGCGGCGGUUUCAAAGCCGGCGCGGCGGAUCAUAUACCAGCUCCUCGACCCGAACCCGAACACUCGCCUGAGCGUGGGGGCCGUCAUGGAGAAGCCCUGGUUCCAGAGAGCCAUAGAUUUGAAGUCAGCUUCCGACGGCUGCGAUUACUUCGCGGCGGCGGCGGAGGAGAAGCCGAAAUGCGACGGCGGAGUGUCGGGGAUGAACGCGUUCGAUAUAAUAUCCAUGUCGUCGGGGCUGGACUUGUCGGGGCUUUUCGAGGCGGAGAACAGGAGGGAGAGGAGGUUCACGGCGAAUGUGGCGGCGGAUAAGGUGGCGGAGAAGGUGGGGGAGGUUGGGGAGAGGAUGGGGUACAAGGCGGAGAGAGGGAAGGGAGGGAUGAGCGUUGGGUUGGGGAAAGGAGGAGGGAAAGGACGACGUGUCGUUUUGGUGGUGGAGAUGAUGGAGGUGGCGGUGGGUUUGGUUUUGGGGGAGGUCAAGGUGGUGGAGGGUAGUGGGGUCGAGUUUCCGGUGCUUCUUUGGGAGGACCUGAGAACUGGGUUGGGGGACGUAGUUAUGUCGUGGCAACACGGCGUCGUUUAGGUUGAUGAUGUUGUGUUCAGACUUCAGUCGUCUUUGCUUGUACAUGAAGAAGGAAGUAAAAGACUUUGAUGACUCUAAGGGUUUGUGGGAGGAGGAUUAAAUUAGUGUUGUACAUUAGAUUAGUGCAGAUGUUGUUGCUUUGGUGGUAAUGGUAGUUGAUUAAUCAGAGUUUAGGUUCGUUUGACGAUCCAUAAUGUUCUAGAUUCUUUCAAGUUA